UUUUACAUUUUUUUUUCCCAGGGUAAUACAUCAGGCUUUGAAGCAAUUGUCAAAUUAAUUGUUGAUAAUUAUUAUUUGAAAAAUGUCUUGUAUAAAAAAAUAACUGACGUGUCAAGACUCAAGUUGAAUGAAUCAUUAAGCCCUAAUUAAUUUGUGAUUAAUGAAACAUUGUGUGUUAUAUUGAGCAUAAAGAAAAAAAAACAAUAAUAAUAAGCAAUUUUAUUUCCCAACCACUUGGUGAUCAGCUGGCUGGCAUCAACUGGAACAUGAAUAUCAGCGAUCAGUUUGUCGCGUGUUACUACAUGCAACUGAUGUUUGAUUGAACAAUUUUAUUGACAAAAGUUUAUCAGACAAAAUUCAUCAACAAUAUUCUUUUUUUAAAUAAAACAAAAAUUAAAAACAUCAAUAUUCUUUUGUCAUUUGAUUAUUGAUGGAUUUUAAAAAAUGGAUAGCACAACUAAAUAUACAAAUCCAAGUCCAAGACUAUCAGCAAAUCCAUUUAGUAGAUUAGUUUUUUGGUGGUUAAAGCCUUUAUUUAAUUAUGGAAAAAUUAAUGAUUUACAAAUAAAAGAUUUACAAAAUUCAUUGCCAGCUGAUUUGAGUGAACCACUUGGUAAUGCACUUGAAAAUAAUUGGAAAAAAGAACAAUCAAUUAGCAAAGAAAAAGGAAAAAAAGCAAGAUUAUUUACAGCAAUUAAAAAUACAUUUUGGUGGUCUUAUAUAUAUUAUGGAUUUUGGAUAUUUAUUUGCACAUUUUUGAGAGUACUUCAACCAUUUGUACUUGGUUUAUUAAUAUAUUAUUUUGAUCCACGUGCUAAAAAUGAAUCACCUCAAACAGCUUAUAUUUAUGCAACACUUGUUAUAUUAAUGGCAAUUGCAAUAGCACUAAUUGAUCAUCAUAUGAAUCUUGGACAAAUGGAAUUAGGAAUGCGUUUACGUAUAGCAUGUUCAAGUCUUGUUUAUCGUAAAAUAUUACGUUUAUCAAAAACAUCAGCAAAUAAAACAGCUGGUGGACAAAUAAUAAAUUUAUUAUCAAAUGAUGUAUCAAGAUUUGAUCAGGUAUUUAUAUUUUUACAUUAUAUAUGGAUAAUGCCAAUACAAGGUGGUGCAAUUGCAUAUUUAAUAUGGCGACAAGUUAAUAUUGCUGCAUUUGCUGGUGUAUUUUUAAUAACAAUUCAAACAAUACCAUUACAAGGUUAUCUUGGUAAAUGGGCAUCAAAACUACGUAGUAAAAUUGCACCAAGAACAGAUGAACGUGUACGUUUAAUGAGUGAAAUAAUAAAUGGUAUACAAGUUAUUAAAAUGUAUACAUGGGAAAAACCAUUUCAACAGUUAGUAUCAUUAUCAAGAAAAUAUGAAAUUGAUGUAUUAACAAUAGCAUCAUAUUUACGUGGUUUUAAUCGUGCAACAUUUGUAUUUACUGAACGUACAUCAUUAUUUAUAACAAUUAUUGCAUUUGUAUUACUUGAUAAUCAUAUAUCAGCUGAUAUUGUAUUUUCAUUGGCACAAUAUUACAAUAGAAUGCAAUGUACAAUGGCAAUUUUUUAUCCAAUGGCUAUUGCAUUUGCAUCAGAAGCACAUGUAUCAAUAAAACGUAUUGAAAAAUUUUUACAACUUGAAGAAAAUAUACCAUUGAGUAUUGAUACAUCAUCAGCAGUUGAAAAAAAUUCAAUAAUUAUUAAAAAUGUAACAGCAUCAUGGUUAAAAGAUUCAAUAUCAAAUACAUUACAUGAUAUUAAUUUAAAUAUUAAAAAUGGUAAAUUAUGUGCAUUAAUUGGUCCAGUUGGUUGUGGUAAAAGUUCAAUGUUACAAUUAAUACUUGGUGAAUUACGUGCAAUACAUGGUAGUGUUAUUGUUAGUGGUAAAGUAUCAUAUGCAAGUCAAGAACCAUGGUUAUUUUCUGGUUCAGUUAGAAAUAAUAUAUUAUUUGGACAAAAAUAUGAUGAUGUUAAAUAUAAAAAAGUAACACGUGCAUGUUCAUUAAUUAAAGAUUUUAUACAAUUACCACAAGGUGAUAAAAGUCUUGUUGGUGAACGUGGUACAUCAUUAAGUGGUGGACAACGUGCUAGAAUUAAUUUAGCACGUGCUGUUUAUCGUGAUGCUGAUAUUUAUUUAUUUGAUGAUCCAUUAUCAGCUGUUGAUACACAUGUUGGUAAAUGUUUAUUUCAAGAUUGUAUUAAUGGUUAUUUAAAAAAUAAAACACGUAUAUUAGUUACACAUCAAGUACAAUAUUUAAAAAAUGUUGAUACAAUUGUUAUGUUAAAUAAUGGUGUUAUUGAUAAACAAGGUGAAUAUAAAGAUUUUAAUAAACAACAAUUUGAAAUAAUAACAGCAUCACAUGAAAAUUUAAGUGAUAAAUCAAGUAUAUUCAUGGCUGAUGAUCAUCAUGGUUCAAUAUCUGAAUUAUCAAUAACAAAUAAUACAAAUGAUUAUGAUAAUGAUGAUGCCAUUGAAGAACCAAAAGAAACUGAAGAAUUAAUGGGUACUGGUUCAAUGAAAAAAUCAUUAUUUUGGAAAUUUUUUCGUGCUGGUGGUUCAAUAUUUUCACUUUUAUUAUUUUGUUUAUUUUUAAUACUUGGACAAUUUGGUAGUAGUGGAUCAGAUUUUUGGAUUGCAUAUUGGACUAAAAAAGAAGAAAUACGUCUUAAAUAUAUUUUAAAUAUAAAUAAUAAUCAAACAAAUAAUUCAACAUUGGAAUUUAAUGAUGAAGAACAUAAUUAUUUUGAUAAAAAUAUUGCAUUAUGGAUUUAUGGUGGUUUUAUAUCAUUAUGUGUUAUCAUGACAACAGCUAGAAAUGUUAUGUUUUAUAAAAUAUGUAUGAAUGCUAGUAAAAAUUUACACAAUACAAUGUUUUCAUCAAUUUUAAAAGCACCAAUGAGAUUUUUUGAUACACAUCCAUCUGGUCAAAUAUUAAAUAGAUUUUCAAAAGACAUUGGUUCAAUUGAUGAACAACUACCAAUGGCAAUGAUUGAUUCAAUACAAAUAUUUGCUGUUAUGAUUGGUAUAUUAUCACAAGUUAUUAUUAUAAAUUAUUUAACAAUAUUUCCAAUGAUUAUUAUGGGAAUAUUUUAUAUAAUAAUACGUAAUACAUAUUUAUCAACAGCACAAGAUUUAAAACGUUUAGAGGGUAUAACAAAAAGUCCAGUAUUUUCACAUGUUAAUUCAUCAUUAUCUGGUUUAAUAACAAUAAGAUCAUCUGGUGGACAAGAAAUGAUUAGAAAAGAAUUUGAUGGACAUCAAGAUGUACAUACAAGUGCAAAUUCAUUAAUGCUUACAACAUCAACAGCAUUUGGUCUUUGGCUUGAUGCUGUUACAAUAACAUUUGUUGCAUUUAUAACAUAUUGUUUUAUAUAUUUUAAUGAUGGUAAUACAUCUGCUAGUAAUGUUGGUUUAGCAUUAUCACAAAUAUUAAUAUUAUGUGGUAUGUUACAACAUGGAAUGCGUCAAACAGCUGAAAUGGUUGCACAAAUGACAUCAGUUGAAAGAGUCAUGCAAUUUACUGAACUUGAUAAAGAGGGACCAUUUGAUAGUGAACCAAAUAAAAAACCAUCAUCAACAUGGCCAUCAAAAGGUGAAAUUAAAUUUCAAAAUGUUUAUUUACGUUAUUCUGAUGAUGAUGCAUCUGUACUUAAAGAUUUAAAUAUAACAAUUAAAUCUGGUAUGAAAAUUGGUAUUGUUGGUAGAACUGGUGCUGGUAAAUCAUCAUUAAUAUCAGCAUUAUUUAAUUUAACAAGAAUUGAAGGUAAUAUUAUUAUUGAUGAUAUUGAUACACGUAAAAUUGGCUUACAUGAUUUAAGAUCUAAAAUAUCAAUAAUACCACAAGAACCAAUGUUAUUUUCUGCAACAUUACGUGAUAAUUUAGAUCCAUUUCAUAAAUAUGAUGAUGCAGUAUUAUGGUCAGCACUUGAAGAAGUUGAAUUAAAACAAAGUGUUGAAUCAUUAGAUCAUAUUGUAACACAAGGUGGUAGUAAUUUUAGUGCUGGACAAAGACAAUUAUUAUGUCUUGCACGUGCUAUUGUUAAAAAUAAUAAAAUACUUGUACUUGAUGAAGCAACAGCUAAUGUUGAUCCAACAACUGAUAAUUUAAUACAAAAAACAAUACGUACUAAAUUUAAUAAUUGUACUGUAUUGACAAUUGCACAUCGUCUUAAUACUGUUAUGGAUAGUGAUAAAAUUAUUGUUAUGGAUCAUGGUAAAAUUGUUGAAUUUGAUCAUCCACAUGUACUUAUGCAAAAAACUGAUGGUUACUUAAUUAGCAUGGUCAAUGAAACUGGCAAAACAAUGACAAAUAAUCUUAAAAAAAUAUCAGAAAAAGCAUUCAAUAAAAUAGCUGAAAGUCAAGAUGAUAACGAAGAUGAAGAUGAUGAUGAUGAUGUUAAUCAUCAAUCAAACGAAACAACGAAAUAAUUUAUAAACAAAUUACUAUAUUUUUUUUUUGUGUUUUCAUAGAAUAAUUUUUGAUACUGCAUAUUUAAAAAAAUAAAAAAAAAUACAACACAAAAAUUAAUGAGGCCUUAUAUAUACACACAGUUAUCAGGGAAUAAUUUUUUUUUUUUUUUAUAAAUGAAAUAAUUAAAGUGGUGCUUAAAAACAUUGAAAGUAUUUUUUUUUUUUUUUUUUGUUUAAAUACUCAAAGGUGUUUACUUAAUUUUCUUAACUUAAAUAUAUAUUUUUUUCUUUUUCUAUUUGUUGUUUUUGUUUUUUUGUAAAUGUCUAUUAAUAUUAAAGAAAAAAAAAAACUAAACAAUGUACUUGAAGAAGAAGCCAAAUGGUUUAAUAUAUAAGAAAAAAAAAAUAAAUAAUGAGAUUGUAUUUGAAAAUGUUUAUUAAUAAAUAUUGUAUAAUUUAAGUGAGAAAAAAAAAAUAUAUAUAUUGUUUAUUAA